ACUGGCCGACCGCGGCAUGUACCCUUACGCCGCGUUCGCCGCCGUCUUCGGCCGCGCAUGCUCCUCCACCAUCGUAGACCGCAGGUUCGUGCUGCUCACCAGGAUGUGCACCGACGCCAGGCCGGACGACGGCAGCUGUACGGGAUCAACUCAGACAAGAUUCCGAAGGGGCCGAAGCUGAUCCGCGAGUGCGGCGAGAAGGUGCUGUGCAACUACUUCAUGUACCUGGGCUACUACAAGGGCUGGAUCAACCGCAUCAUCUACAACAACACGCUAACAGACACGGACUCCACGCCGCUGUCCACCAGACACCCCAUCAUCCACGGGACCGAGGGUGGGAUAAGGGCUGCAGCAGCUGCCACCGCAGCAUGUCCCCUGCUACACGGCCAGUAAUGCGGCUGUGGGUGGUUGCGGCGGCCACGGCGCUGCUGCUGCUGGCGGGGGCGGCGAC